AUGGUGGAAGAGACGAAUCUAUCCUACUCUGUAGCACGGCUACAGGAACGCGUGCAAGGCACGCGAAAAAUAGACCUAGGCGAAACGGCACGUAGCCGACGCAUGUUGUCCCUCCGGGAACUCCGGAUGAAUGUAGUGGAAGCAAAAAGAUCAAAUUAUUUUAAAAGAUUGCAGCAGCUUUUCCCGGUACAGGAGAGUGCCGAGACAGAAAUCACUGAUAUGCAGAUUGAUGAACACGAACUAGAGCCAGAAAUACACGACGAAGAUAUAAAACUGGACGACAUAGGUGAGUUGAAAGCAAAAGAAUAUUGUGAAGAAGGGGACGAUGCAGACGAAGGGCAGCCAGUCGCCAAGGCAGACUCAACAGAAAGACUCUACGCCAUUAUGGGCCGGGGGGGACCAAGGCGGCACAACCUUUUCCCUAUAGAUAUUGCCAGUGUCUUCACAACACACGAGUUCCUGGUGGCCACUGAUACUGAAAUAAGGGAGGAGGCGCUGGCGCUGAAAAGGAGCCUGCUGUUCGUUCGCCCAGAGGGCCACAGGGUGCUCGUCAAGGUGAACAACUUCUGGGCCACGGAAUACACCAGGGAAGGUCGCGUAAGGCAUAGAUUUAGUGUUCCAUUCACCAAGGGGCCCACUGUACUCGACUGCAUCGUGAAGGACUAUGACGAGCAAAACAAGAUCCCAAAUGAGGACCUCACAUACUUCGUCAUUGACGUUCUGAUGUACAAUGGCUGCAUGAUGGCGAACGCGGACACUGAGUGUCGAACGUUUUUCCUCAAAAGCAGGCUCGAGGAAUCUGGCGCUAUGGAGAGCAGACCCCGUUUCGUCAUGGUGGAAUACCAAGAGUGCAAUCCGAUGACGAUGAGGGACGCAUAUUACCGAGUUGACAACAUCGAGUACGACAGGGACUCGAUAGUGUUUGUAGACAAAUCAGCGAGCUACGUCGGUGGAUACAACCCAAACUGGCUAUGCUGGAGGGACGAAAACACGACCAAGUAUAUCAGAAUCAGCAAAAACGGCCUAGCGCCAGCACGGGUAAUAUGCGACCACAACGACCGGAUGCUCAAGACGCUUGACGGCGUUGUUAUAGGACAGCUGCCGAAAAAGUACGACUUCGACCGCGACAAAAUUACAACGAUUCUCAUCAAAAGCGUGGACAUAUCGACAAUGACGGUGAAAGAAUUCAAGCUACCGACAAAUGCGUGCCGGUUCGAUAAGUUUAAUGCCUACCACACUGGGAUGGCUGACUCGCUUAGGAAGAUUGUUAGACGGUUCAUGCUGGACAACCAACUCGACCUCGACUCAGAGGGAUCCUACAACCGGUUGGUAGAUGCUGUGGCAGCGGCUUAG